AUGGGUUCCGCGGCCGAACAGGACCCCCACUUCCUCAGCGCGUUUCGCUCUCUACUUCUCAGCGAGCAGGACGAGAUUGAUGCCAAUAUCAUCCAAGUCCAUGAUGGUGGCCAGGGCGUAGGCCGACAUCCUGUUCAUUUUCUUCUCCUGCUGAAUGGCUUUCCCGACCACACCAAUAACGCGGUGAAGGCGGCCUCGGACACGAUUGAGACCAAGGUUUGGCCUCAUGGCCCUGCGCUUGUACGCUUAUACUUCAAGCACAUCCAUCCAGUGUACCCCAUCGUUUCCAAAGUACGAUUUCUUCGCCGAUAUGCCGAUGAUAGACUGGAAUUGCCCGCAUCCCUAAGAGGCGCAGUCUAUGCGCUGGCAUGUGUAUUCUGGAAUCAAGACCCUCAACUUACCGACCCUUGCCCAUUUCAACAAUACGAGCUCGUUGCUGAAGCCCAUUCCGCCCUUCGACGCGAGUUGGAGGCACCCAACUUGUUCAAGUUACAGGCUUGUCUCCUCCUGCUGCAUAUCACGCCACCAGAUAUCGACAGUGUGGAAACGCCCACUACUUGGUUCAUGGCUUCGCAGGCCACAGCAUGCGCGCAAAUGAUCGGUCUUCAUCAGGACCCGGGCCCGUGGAAUAUUGCUCCAUGGGAAAAGCAGCUGAGGAAGAGGCUUUGGUGGGCAGUGUUUGCUACAGAUUGCUGGUCUGCAGUGUGUCAUGGUAACCCACCCCAUAUUGGGCCCUCAACGUUCGACACAACGCCUCUGACUGUAGAUGAUCUCCGGUUCGACGAAGAUGUGCCUGAGGAUUUGCACUACCUCGUUAACCCAGAGGACAGACAAUUCCGCGUCGCUAACAGCGCCCGGUGUUUGGAAACAGUCAAUCUCGCCCUAACCUUGCGAACGAUCCUUGAUUGUAGCUACUUAGUCAAACCAACCAUGGUUGAGCCACAGACACAAUGUUGCCUGCAAACAGCCUACGAUCGGUUGCAAGAAUGGCCAAGCCUCGUUCCGCACUGCUUAACGGUGGGAUCAGGUCGAGAAAAUCCUCACAAUGGUCCCCUGAACCUAUCAUACUAUGCCGUUCAAGUCCUGCUGUUCCGGGCGCUGAUGUCUCCAGCAACACGGGAAGCAAAGGCAAAUCCCGACUCAAACCUAUCCAAAUGGUUCAGCACUGCUCUGGAAUCCUUCAAGUCGUUUGCAUGCUUUAUGGAUGAGAUCAGUGAAGAAGACUUGACAGGCUUCUGGGGGCGUCCGGAGAACUUCUUGCACGAUUACCAAGUGUGA